CUCGGCGGAGAAGCAUUGAUAGAGUCGGAAUUUAAAGCCUUCUGAAGUAUCCUUUAGCAAAUACCCUUGCUGGGCUUUGUCCACAUAGCAAGUAAAAAUUUCCUUUGGUAAUUGAUUAUUAUCAUACAAAAGAAGUAAAAAAAAGCUUCUUUAGAGGAAAUUCUGGCCUUGCACUCGCGCGUUUUCAAGUCAUCAUCUCUCAGUUCAAUAGGAUUUCAUACUUCAAUCAUUUCCCGCGGAAAGCAAACGGACUUUUCUUUCUAAAGUUAUUGAUUCAUUUUAUUUUGUUCUACUACUGUUUUUUUGUUUGUUCAUUUUAAUUUCCCCAUUGACUAGAAGAACUAAUAAUUUUUUUGGUCAAAGAAAAGAGAAAAAAGAAAACAAGAAAGAAAAUCCCAAUUUCAUUCGCAUUUGCAUUCGCAUAGAAUUGGAUAUCUAUUUAUCAAUCUCUUUUUGAUAUCAUCUCAAUCUCCUUAAUUAUUUGGUAAUUAAUAUACUGUUUAAUAAAGAAAAAAAAAUUUGUUAUUUGUUUGAUUAUUUCUGUGACGGACACGUGUUUCUUUGAUCGACAAUAUUAUUAUUGAUGCCUUCUUUUCUUCGUCGUUCUAAUGUAUCUUUAAGUUCAGCUGACCGGCCUCUUGAGUUAGACAUCCAGAUGGAAUCGCCUCCGUUGAUUAUGUAUGGAGCCCCCGAAGUUUCCUCUGGUGCUUUAGCAACGGGUCUCUUAAAGAUGACAGUGUUUGACCAAAAGGUUCAACUAGAUUCUGUCAACUUAAAGUUUAUGCGCAUAAUAUCCACAAAACAUCCAGUUCGCGAAAGCUGUCCCAAGUGUCGUUCUACAGUCGAUGUCUUUGAAAGCUGGGACUUUUCGUCAACUUCAUCAUCGUUUGCUCAUGGUACACACACCUGGCCUUUUAGUUUUAUAGUUCCAGGACAUUUUCCUCAAACGACGGAAUCUCCGUUUGUGAACAUUCGAUAUCUACUUUUGGCUGUGGUAACCAGCGAUACUUCAGCCAAUACCAACGCAAAGCUUGAGCACUCGCUUGUUAUAAGGCGGUCGAUUAUAUUGAAUACCGAUAAGGUUGCUCAACGCCUUUUCCCUCCUACUUCGCUGGUUGCAUUGUUGGAGAUGCCACCGGUGAUCCACGCAUUGAGCUGUAUCCCAGUUCAAUUUCAGCUUACGGGAUGUAGGCCCCAGAACACAGCAUUUUCAUGGCGUUUAUCCAAAGUAUCUUGGAGGAUUGAAGAGCAAAUUAAAGCUCGGAUUAGCCCAUGCGCGGACCAUGAAGGAAGUCGGAAACCACAUGAAUAUCGAGAAACGAGACUGUUGGGAAAUGAUGAACAUAGAAAUGGCUGGAAAGUUGAUGGCGAUCGUAUAUUAUUUGAUAUUGCUGUUAGCACAUCGCUACUGUCGAAACCGAUAUGUGAUGUUACCUUAGAAGGUCAAUACAGUAUUUCUGUAGCUCACCAGUUGAUUUUCGAAACAAUUGUUGUGGAAGAAAUAAAUUCUCAGCCAGUGAAUUCGAAUGCUCGUAUUCUGAGGAUGAAAGUCAAUCUGCCUCUUACCGAAAGAGGUGGUCUCGGUGUAAGCUGGGAUGAAGAAUGCCCUCCAAUGUUUACCAGCGUUGGACCGGGUCCUCCCCCUUAUGAGCGUGCUAUACAAUUACCUUCUGUAUAGCUGGUUUGCCAAUCUUUACCUGUAUUUUAUAAGUCAGAUUCCAUGUAUUUUUUCUGUGUUUCAGUUUAUGUUUCUUUGAUGCUUUUUAUUUCAUUUUCUUCAUGUUCUUUUAUACCUUUAUGAUACCUAAAGAGAGGCAUCUUUUAAUUUUUGCUUACGUUUGUACGAUUUAUUAAAUUUGGUUAGAGGGAGAAUUAUUUAAUGCUAAUAUAGGUACCUUUUAUAUACUUUAAUUCCAAUUUUAAUACUACAACAUGAAUGACUGUUCUAUGCUAAGAUUGUGUGCUCAAGUGUUUCAUCCCCUUUUUUGUGCGUUUUUUCGCUCAUGGAUCACGAAUUUUGCAAAUAUAUCAGCUUGUCGAAUGGGUUCUGGGAUUUUGCUAUCAACACCGCUGGUUCGGAAAACUAGCUGUAUAGCGAUAUCCAAAGUCAACUGAUUUCCUAUGCUUACAUAUAUAGGCCGUUUGGAUUCUCUUCUCGUCCAGACGGCUGCACCUAAGAUAGUAGAUGGUUCCCUUAAGGAAUGUAAUAAUAAAGGAGGUCUGCUUGGGUUCGUUAAGAUGUGAUUUGAAAGACGUUGUCUAUGUUCAUCUAAAGAUUCAUUCAGUCCAAAGCAAUGGAAGUAAUUUUUGGCUACUCCCAUAGUAGGCAAGUUAAUUAAAACACCUAGAUGGCAUGCCAAGCCGAAUUCUGAAUGACACGUUAGUAUUCUAAUCAUUUACUUAUUACCACACGUACGUAUUGGAUGUAAGGUACCAUUUCCAUCAACCAUAAUAAGGUCGAUAGAAUAGUUUUGGGGAAUCCUUUCCAAUAGUGGUAAAUACCAUUCAAUCUCACGAAACGACAGAAAUCCAGGAACAUAUUCUUCUUUUAGGCUAUCAAUCUCUAAAUAAUCUCUAUAUAUGACCUGAGCAUCCUGAAAAUCGUAAAGGACAAGGGCCGAAACAGCCUUUGGGCUUGUCUUGUCGAAAGAUAUAUCUAGUCCGGCUAUGUACCUUAUGGAGUCCACAUCUUGGAUUUUGGAUUCGUAUACGAGUCUCUGUUUUAGUAACAGUUGAUCUUUUCGCCAACUUUCGACUUUUUCUCGUAGAUGAGUGUUUAUCUUCGCUUCUUUAAUUCCGCUUGCUUCAUCACUAAACAUGAGAAAGAAAAAACUUGUUUACUGUUUAACUUUUUUUAAAUGGAUUGCAUUCAAAGGGAACAUUGGAUCAUAAAUCGUCGUUCGUUAUGCGAGUGCCUUCCGUACAAGAAUUCUCGGAUGGAAUAUUACUCGUUCCAUGGAUGAAGAAUAUCUUUCUGCAAGUCUUAAUUGUCUUUACAGAAUUUUACAAAAACAAAAAUAACAAAAAUAAUAGAAGUAUUUAUUACGACAUUAUUUAUCACGAGGUGGCAUCAGCAUCUUUCAUCUCAUAUAAAAGUAC